AUGAAUAUGUUGUUCCACCCACAUUUGAGAAGAUUUGUUAUAGUCUUCUUUGAUGACAUAUUGAUCUACAGUAAAUCCCUGGAGGAGCAUCGUUCGCAUUUGGAUAUUGUUUUCCAAUGUUUGAUUUCCAAUCAAUUCUUUCUCAAGAAGUCCAAGUGUUUGUUUGGACAGCAUUCCAUCAAUUAUCUUGGGUACAUCAUUUCUAGGAAUGGGGUGGGACCAAAUCCAGAGAAAAUCAGGGCAAUGCAAGGUUGGCUGACACCUUCUUCAUUGAAGCAGUUGCGGGGUUUCCUCGGGUUGACUUGUUUUUAUCGCAAGUUUAUUCGUCAUUAUGCCUCUAUUACUGCUCCUCUGACAAAUCUGCUCAAGAAAGAUGCUUUUGUUUGGUCUAACGAGGCUCAAUUAGCUUUUGACGAAUUGAAGAUUGUUAUGUCUCAAGCUCCGGUGUUAGCCCUUCCAAAUUUUCAGGAAGACUUUGUUUUGAAAACCGAUGCAUCAGGAUAA